UGAUCGUGAGGUUUGCAGUUCAUCAUCUCUGUGUUGAAAGAAUCUGCCUAAGUUUUGCUCUCAUCUCAGGUGUUGUUGAUCAUGAAAUUUCUGAUCUCGCUGUGUGUGCUGCUGAUUAAUGGUCAAAUAACCAUUGGACAAACAACAGAUGAAAUAAACAAUGGAGAAACAACAGAAAGUACAACUUCCAGCUUUGAUCCAUGCUAUGAUUAUAACAUUACUGAUGACUCCUGGAGAGACAUGCGGCUAAAUCUGAACUAUCAACAUGAUGACACACUUGUUGAAUGGAGCGGCUGGUAUCGGCUGUAUCUGAAUGGACAAAAUGCCCAGAUGUCUGAGUGGUGUGUGAGUUAUGCGGGUUGUGGUGGUUACACAGGAUUGUAUCUCAACGGUUCUCAUCCAACACUUGAGGAUGGAGUGGUGACCCGUGACGUUGUGGGAAGUCAUAUAUGGUAUAACCAGUGUGGAUUAUACAGAUCUACAUCCAUCCAAGUUAAAGCCUGUCCGGGAGAUUAUUACGUCUAUGAACUCGUCAAACCAGAUCUGUCGAUCCCCUCACCUUCAUACUGUGCAGUUGUUUUCCCAAGCAUCAGCAGUGACCCCUGCUACAACUAUGAGUCUCUGGAUCGCCCCUGGAGAGCCAACAAUGAAACUGGAGAUUACUUGUGUGAUGAAUCUUUAACCUGGAGUGGCUGGUACAGGCUUUUCUAUUACGGAAUGGACAUCAGGAUGCCAGAGACCUGUGCUACUGGAUUCAGCUGUAACACAUACAUGAAUCUGGUACUCGAUGGUCCUCACCCUCAGAUAGAGGAUGGAGUGGUGAUCAGAGAGAUCUGUGGUAGUUAUUAUUGGAGCGGCUGCUGUGAGUACAAGACAAGCCCAAUCAGAGUGAAAGCGUGUCCAGGAAAUUAUUAUGUCUAUGAACUUGUGAAUCCACACAACUGGUGUUCAGGAUACUGCACAGAUGUCAGCAGCAUUUCACAGGUGGAUUCAACAGUAAGUCCAGAAGUAAUCAUUGGACCCAGCAUCACCAUGAAUUAUGACCAAUGCAGUAACUACAACAUACUAGACAAUGACUGGAGAAGCACACACAAUACCUGGUAUAUGUAUGGCCAAGCAAAUGGACACGAUGAUACUCUUGUAGAAUGGGAUGGCUGGUACAGACUCUUCAUUAACGGACUGAGUGCUCAGAUGCCUGAAUGGUGUGCCACUUCUAUGUCAUGUGGAGGAUUUACUGCUCUGUGGCUUCAUGGAUCCCAUCCUCGACUAGAAGAUGGAGUUGUUACUCGUGAAGUUUAUGGCUCCCAUAAUGAGCAGUGCAGUCACUACAGAUCCGACCCAAUCCAAGUCAAAGCUUGUCCUGGAGAUUAUUAUGUCUACAAGUUUACCAGGCCAACAGUUUCAAUCCCAGCUCCUGUAUACUGUGCAGUAUCUUUCACCACCCCAAGUGUCGACCCCUGCUACAACUAUACCAGCCUGGAUGAACCUUGGAGGGCAGCUGAUAACUUUUACUAUAGUAAUUAUUACUAUUAUGCCAUGUGUGACUAUAAUGUGGAGUGGAAUGGCUGGUACAGGCUGUUUGACAACAAUCAAAGUGUCCAGAUGCCAGACUCAUGUGUAAAUCCAUUCACGUGUGGCUCUUAUAAUGCACUGUGGCUCAAUGGAUCUCACCCAGAGCUGGAAGAUGGAGUGGUCCUCCGUCAGGUCUGUGUUUCUGGAUGGAGCGGCUGCUGUGCUUACACAUCUGAGCCUAUAAGAGUCAAAGCCUGUCCUGGAGAUUACUACGUGUAUGAGUUUGUCAAGCCAAUGUUUUGCGGAGCUUACUGUAUAGAGGCAACAAAUCAGUCCAGCACAUCAGUUUCCACAUCAACAGAGUUCAUCCCACUCUUCGAAUUCGAUAUUCUACCAUUCGAUAUUCCACCAACCACAACCACUGAUCCCCCUGUUGACCCCUGCUACAACUACAAUGUACUGGAUGAUGCCUGGAGAGCCACCAGCAAUCAAAACUCCUCUCAGUUAAUGUGUGACAGUGCGGUGAGCUGGAGCGGCUGGUACCGUCUCUUCAUUAAUGGUCAGAGUGUUCAGAUGCCAGACACAUGUGUUGAUGAGUAUAGCUGCGGCACUGAUGCUCCACUGUGGUUAAGCGGAGGACAUCCAACACUUGAGGAUGGAGUGGUCACUCGAGAUGUCUGCGGACACUGGAGCAACAACUGCUGCUAUUUCCAGUCCAAUCCCAUUCAAGUCAAAGCCUGUCCUGGAGGUUUUUAUGUCUAUGAGUUUGUGAGGCCGACCACCUGCAAUUUAGCAUACUGUGCAGAUGUGAGGUUUAGCACUAGCUACACAACUGACACACCAGAGAUGACCGCAACAGAAACUGCAGCUGAAACCAUAAUUUUCGAUGACAGAAACCCCUGUUCUGAACUCAACUGCUCCAAAGAGGAAAGGUGUGGGAUGAAAAAUGGUGUUUAUGGCUGUUUAUGUAACAAAGGCCACCAAAAACAGCGAGCACCUCAAGACUCCUUUGAUUCCAAUGAGACCUGUGAGAGCAGCUCUGGCUCCAUGUCUGUGUCUCGCUGUCAGCUUUUUGAAGCUGGUUUUUCAGCUGAGCACUUACACCUCAAUGACCCCAGCUGCAGAGGAACCGUCCAGAACGGCAGAGUGGAGUUUAACUUCGACAACGAUCAACACAUCUGUGGCACAAAUCUUGUGGCCAACGGCAGCCACUUCAUCUACAGUAACUAUAUUGUGGGGACGCCGGGAACAGAAGGUCUCAUCAGCAGAGUGAGAAUCCUGAAGCUUUCUUUCAGCUGUGUUUAUCCUCAAACACAAACACUUUCCAUGAACAUGGAGAUCAACCCACUGCAGAGCACCAUGCACAAAGUCCUCCCAAGUGGUGAAGGGGUUUAUCAGGUGCGGAUGGUCCCGUAUGUGGAUGAAGAGUUUACUCAGCCCUUUACUGGUAGAGUGGAUGCAGAGCUGGACCAGGAGAUGCAUGUGGAGGUUGAUGUUGAGGGGGUCGACAGCCGCCAGUUUGCCCUGGUGAUGGACACGUGUUGGGCUACACCUGUGAAUGACGCUGAUUACAGUCUCCGCUGGGACCUCAUUACUGAAGAGUGUCCCAAUCCUGAGGACGACACAGUGAAGCUGCUGCAGAACGGCGUCUCCACAAGCAGCCGUUUCUCCUUCAGGAUGUUCAUCUUCACUGCAAACUCCACUAAGCUUUACCUGCACUGUGCUGUUCACCUUUGCCUUCUGUCCAGUGAACAAUGCUCAACGAGCUGUAACUCUGGACAUCAUCGGAGAGAGCGCAGGGCUCUGAAUCUCUAUGACAGUGCUUCACUAUCUAUGGGUCCUCUAGUGUGGUCUGGAGGAAACACAGAUGUUCAGUUUCUCCCAGACCAAGUGAAGGUUUCUGAGGCUUCUUGUCUGUGUGCUUCUCUGGUGCUGCUGUUCAUUCCUCUGAUGAGUUUCUUCACUCUUUCUUAGUUUAUUGACACAGAAAGUGCAACAUUUAGUUUGGCUCAUUUUAAUGGGUGUGGAACUGACUGUGGCAUGUCAUAAAUAUUAUUUUAUAAUAUUUUACCCUAGUACUGCACUAAUAAUGUAUGCAUUAAUUCAUGCUUUUAUUUUUGAUAGAUUUCUUUUUUUUGUAAAAUCAGCAAAAUCAGAAUCAACACUCAGAUCAAGUUUGUGUGCACUUAAUUCAGUGAGAUUCAUUCAUUCAUUCAUUUUCUUUUCGGCUUAGUCCAUUUAUUAAUCUGGGGUCGCCACAGCGGAAUGAACCACCAACUUUUCCAGCACAUGUUUUACGCAGUGGAUGCCCUUCCAGCCACAACCCAUCUCUAGGAAACAUCCAGACACACUCAUUCACACUCAUACACUACGGACAAUUUAGCCUACCCAAUUCACCUGUAUCGCAUGUCUUUGGACUGUGGGGGAUACCGAAGCACCACAUCUACACCAGAAACGCCAAUUGACCCAGCCGAGGCUCGAACCAGCGACCUUCUUGCUGUGAGGCGACAGUACUAACUACUGCGCCAGUGCGUUGCCAAUUCAGUGAGAUUCCUAACAUUAUUCACAAAUAUACCUGUGCAGUCAUAGGGGAAAAUCUGUUUGUCUCUGACAAUGCUGACCGUGUGAUUUCAUAAAUAAUCCUGAUCUGUUGCAGUCUUUAUGACUGGUUAUUAUGAGCACUUCAAGAUUUCAAUGCACAGCCUACUGUGUGAUAUACACAGUAUAAACAUCUAUGCUUCUUAUUUAAUUAUUUAGUAUUUUUGUGUAUAAAUGUAUUUAACGAUUGAAUCUUGAUUUGAAAUCUUACCACAGAUCUACUGAAACAAUUAAAUCUUUUGAUAAAAAUCCUCAACUAAGCAUUACAUGUCUGGAAUUUGUGGCAUUUAUGAACAUCCUCAUGGUUGCUUAUUAUGUGUUUGGUCUUGCAACAUAUUCAUAACAUAACCCAAAUCAUCAGUAUGUUUGUUGUGACUUGCAUUAUGUUUAUUUAGAUUGAAUUGAUCACACACAGCCUCACACUCUUUUAUUAUCUGAGGAUCUCACCUAGUGAUUAAGUCAACUUAGUUUUUCUUGUUUUUCUUCAGUCAUGUCAGAAGUUCCUCACUGCUGAAUCUCAAUCAAGUGUAAAAGAUCCACUUGUGAUCGACAGCUUUGGUAACUUGAGAAUGGAAUUCAGUCUGCUGGUUUACUGAAAGUCUUGUAUAAAGCCGACCUGAGUAAACCUGACUAUCAAGUUUGGCUAAAAUGAGAAAACACAGAAAAGAUGUUUUUCAACACAUUUCUUUGCUAUGAAGACAGCACAUAAUAUUUGACUAGAUAUUCUUCAAGAUACUAGUAUUCAUCUUACAGUGAUUUAAAGGCUUAACUAGAUCAAUUAGUCAAGUUAGAGUAAUUAGGCAAGUCAUUGUAUAACAGUGGUUUGUUCUGUAGACUCAUUCAUUCAUUCAUUCAUUUUCUACCGCUUUUCCGGGGCCGAGUCGCGGGGACAGCAGUCCUAGGAGAGAACCCCAGACUUCCCUCUUUCCAGACUCUUCCUCCAGCUCCUCUGUGGGGCAUCCCAGGGCGUUCCCAGGCCAGCCGAGAGACAUAGUCACUCCAGCGUGUCCUGGGUUUUCCCCGAGGUCUCCUCCCGGUGGGAAAUGCCUGGAACACCCCCUAGGUAGGCGUCCAGGAGGCAUCCGAAACAGAUGCCCGAGCCACCUCAGCUAACUGCUCUCAAUGUGGAGGAGCAGAGGCUCUAUUCUGAGCUCCUCCCAGGUGUCAGAGCUCCUCACCCUAUCCAUAAGGGUGCGCUCUGCCACCCUGCAAAGGAAACUCAUUUCAGCCACUUGUAUCUGAGAUCUUGUCCUUUCGGUCAUGGCCCAAAGCUCAUGACCAUAGGUGAGAGUAGGAACGUAGACUGACCAGUAAAUUGAAAGCUUUGCCUUUCGGCUGAGCUCCUUCUUUACCACAAUGGACCGGUACAUCAACCGCAUUACUGCUGCAGCUGUACCAAUCCGCCUACGCUUCUCACGUUCCAUCCUUCCCUCACUUGUAAACAAAACUCCAAGAUACUUGAACUCUUCCACCAGGGGAUGGGACUUUCCUCCAACCUGGAAAUGGCAAAGCACCUAAUUGAUGACUGGAUUUACUCUGUCACAAAUGUCACAAUUGCCAGCAAUCUAGUCCUUGGAGAUUACUGAAAAACACCACCGAACUACAAUUCUGCCUCUGAACUGCACUAUGUUUCCCAUCAGGUACCUCUCACACACACACACACACACACACACACACACACACACACACACACACACACACACACACACACACACACACAC